ACUCUCUCUCUCUCUCUCUCUCUCACUUCCCAUUUCCUUUGGAGAAACGCGCACUGAUUCCCAUUUCUCUUCUCCACUUUUCUCAUCUAGUGAGAGAAACAGAGAGGCUCUCACAAAUUUAUUUCUCCUUUUUCAGCACCUCAACGAAACAUGAAGAAGUUUGUUCUGAAACUGGAUCUGGAAGAGGACAGAGACAAAAGAAGGGCUCUCAAAACAGUGGCGACGCUUUCAGGAAUCGACGAGAUCACCGUCGACAUGAAGGGGAAGACGCUAAUGGUGGUUGGGACAGUCGAUCCGGUGAGGGUGGUGAGCAAGCUGCGCAAGAAGAACUGGCGAGUGGACAUCAUCUCGGUCGGCCCAUCCAAGGAUCCGGAGAAGAAGGAGGAUGGGAAGAAAGACGAGGCGAAGAAGGACGAGGAGAAGAAGGACGAGGGCAAGAAAGAAGAGCCCCAAAAGGAAGGCAAGAAGAAGGAGGGCGAGGCCAAGAAAGACGACGAGAAGAAGGCGGAGACGGACCCCGUUGUCGGCACGGUGAUGCCGUUCCGGCAGUAUUAUCCGCCGAUGAACACAUACUACUAUGUGCACCACAGCAUGGAAGAGAAUCCAAAUGCGUGUGUGAUCUCUUAAGGUGACUCUUGCCCUGUUUUCCCCUGCUUCAGAAAAACAGAGCAACUCUGCUCACGCAUGAUAAGGCUAUAAUGGUCUUUUAGGGAUUUUGUCAUGUGUAUAUAUGAUUGUAAUAAUGUUUUUUUUUGUUUCUUUUUCUUUAUAAAAAAAAUUUGAAAUUUUAUCAUGCACAUAAUUUUGUUAGACUCAACAGUUGAGAUCCUUGCUGUAAAGUUGGUGUGCUGUUUGUAA